AUGGAGGAGGACUGCGAGAAAUACGCUGUUACCGAUACGGGUAAUCUGAUAGCGAAAACAUCAGUGCUAUCGUUUCGAUUAACGACCGCGAUCAUGAUUGCUCACAUAACCUGCCCAAUUCUUUACACAAUCGGCGUGAUUGGGUACCAAGAAGGUAACGAUACGACUCGAGUACUGCUUUUCAGGCUGGACUUGCCCUUCGACACAAACGCAUCCCCCGUUUACGAGCUCGUGGUAACCGAGCAAAUCCUCCAUAUGAUAUCAACUUCCGUUGCAUUUGGUACCUUCGGUUCUCUCCUUUUAAUGGUGACUCUUCAUGUAGGGUGUCACGUGGACGUAUUGUGCAACAGAUUGUCGGACUCAUCUCUAAUAGACAAAGAGGAGAUACGAUGUCUCAUUAUCAGGCAGCAAGAGAUCACUAUGUUUGUGAAGAAACUUGAGCAACUCUUCACGUAUAUUGCUCUUGCCCAACUUCUAUCGAACACUAUUCUUUCAUGUUGUACGGGUUAUCUUAUCGUAAGUAGCAAUAUGAUCGCCGAAACAGCAUAUGGAAUUCCAUGGUACAACUUAGAUCCCACUGUCACUCGACAAUUAGUACUGUUGAUAUUAAGGGCUCAUAAUGGACUACCUCUAACAUUCGGAAAGUUUUCGAAACUCAAUCUGGAAAACUUCACUGGAAUGAUGAAGGCUUCAGCGUCUUACAUAUCGGUGCUUCUAGCAAUGUCCUGA